AUGGGUCCCUACGCAGAAGAUGUGACUGAUGAAAGUUACGCUAUUGACAUUGGCACCGUGCAGCUGAAUUCACUGUCGGAGACAGCCAGUCCAUGGUUCUCGGGCCUAUCAGUUCCUGAUCUCAGCCAGGGCUCCUUUGUCUCGCGCGCGUUUCCCAUCUCUAAGGACUCACAAGAGAUACGCGUCCUUGACCUAGAGAAUUCUGAUAACUUCGACGAUCCUCUCGUGGGCACUUUCCGCAUCGUCUCCCUUGGCCAGGAAUGCAAUCCAUAUUUCACAGCUCUCUCCUAUGUAUGGGGCGCUCCGCAGCCGAGUCAAGGGAUAACCAUCGACUUGAAAAUAGGCAUGCUAUCCAUCACCAGGAACUGCCAUGAUGCUCUGAGGCAGAUUCGACAUCUGUACGGCGAGACGACAAUCUGGGUUGAUUCAAUCUGCAUCGACCAAAGCUGCGAGACCGAGCGGUGCCAUCAAGUUUCGCUCAUGGGAGACGUGUACUCAAGGGCGAAGAAGGUCUACAUUUGGCUUGGCCAAGAGACGCAGGGGAGACGGCGAGCUCUGGAAUGUGUUGAUUUUGCAGCAACCUUCAUGUACCUGCCCCUGGACCGCGACGCUGCCGGUGGUGCCUGUCAGCGAGUCAAGUUUCAGCUCAGGGUGUUACCGCCCGUUGCGACUUUGAAGCUACUUCGUAACUGGUGGAAACGGCAAGAACUGCUGCGUCUAUAUCAACAUGCAGACCUGGAGGAGCUGCUCGGCAUGGACUGGUUCUCAAGGAUUUGGACAUUCCAAGAAGUGGUGCUCGCAACCGAUGCCAUCAUCCUGUGUGGGACCGCAACCUUGAACUGGUCUGUUUUCGCGAGGGGUUUCCGAUGCUUACAAUUUCUUCUAGCAGACAAGGCCAACUUUUGGGACAUCGAAGACUGGUACCCUGUCCGGCACACACUCAUGCUACGCGAGAGAUCAAUCCAGAUCAAGGGUCAAGAGGAGGAUUCGGAGGGCAUGGCCAGUCGCCCACGUGGCUUCCUUGCUCUACAGCGAGUCCUUUUCCUUUGGAUGCGCGUCGAUAGAGAGGGCCUGGGACGCAACGACCGCCCUAUUCCCUGGCCGGCUUGGCUCUUUUUCUCUUUCCUCUACACCACCUUGUUCAAUCCGGAGGGCUUCAGCAGGGACCUCAACAUGAAGAGAUCUGAGCAGCAAGUCAGUGACCAGCUCAUCUCCGCCGUCGUGGAGACUCUGAGCUAUCGUCAAGCCAGAGAGCCAAAGGAUAUGUCCUAUGCCUUGUACGGCGUACUUCGAGGUUUCGGCAUGGACCUAGCUGCGAUCGACUACAGCAAGCCGCAAGCACGGAUUUAUCACGAACUCUGUGUGGACAUGUUGAAGUUUCGGCCAUCCGCCAUCAGUCUGCUCUUGUACGUCAACACCGUCCACAACGGGCAGACCUCUCUGGACACGCGGACAGAGAAGUCACCGACAUGGGUCCCCGACUGGAGCAGACUUGAAACAAAGCAAUUCGUUUCCCUCCAACCAUCCAGUAUACCAGAAAUAUACUGCGCCACGGAAAAGGGCCUUACGGCAGUAGCUCGUUACAGCAAAGACCAAAGAGCUAUUUUUGUCUCUGGACAGCAGGACUUGUUGGAUCUUUUCGUUGGAAUUGUCAAUGGCCAAGCCAAGAAUAACUCCAGAUGGUUCAUCACGUCCAACGGCUAUCUCGGCUGCGGCACGGAUUCGGUCAAGCCCGGUGACCGGCUUGCACUUGUGGCCGGCGUCGCUGCACCCAUGGUCUUGCGGCCACUGGAUUCAGACAGGCGGGAGGAAUGGCAGAAACAAACCAUCUAUCAAGUCGUGACGGAUCGCUUCGCGAGGACCCCAUCGGAUGACAGCGGCCUCGGCAUAAUCGAAGCUCCCGACUCGGACUCGGACUGCCCCUUCCCAAAACAAUAUUGUGGGGGCACUUGGCAGGGUAUCACCGACAAGCUGGAUUACAUCCAAGGCAUGGGAUUCACGGCAAUCUGGAUCUCGCCCGUGAUAGAGAAUACGGAGAACGCGUCGUCGGACCACUCGUACCACGGCUAUUGGCCUCGCAAUUUCUAUGCUCUCAACCCUCACUUUGGUACAGAGGAGGACCUGAUCGGGCUCUCCGAUGCGCUUCACGCCCGUGAAAUGUAUCUAAUGUUCGACAUCGUGAUCAACCACGUCUUCUCGCCCGGCCCGGGCAACGCCACCGACUACAGCAUGUUCACCCCGUUCAACUCGAGCAAGUACUUCCACCGCCCGUGCGUCAUGGACAACUCCAACGAGACCUCGGUCGAGGUGUGCCAGCUCCGGGACGACAAGGCCACGGCGGUCUUCACGCUGCCCGACGUCAAGACCGAGGACCCCGAGGUCCGGGACAUCUUCCAGGACUGGAUCAGGGACACGGUCCAGAAGUAUAAUGUUGACGGGCUCCGCCUCGACACGUACAAGCAUGUUGAGAGGGACUUCUGGCCUGGCUUCAUCGAGGCUGCUGGUGUGUUCAGCGUUGCGGAAUUUCUUAAUGGAGACCCGGCGAAUUAUGACAGCGAGUUGGUUCCCAGCAAGGAUGAAGGAGUCUUGAAUUAUCCUACGUUCUAUUGGAUACGACGGAUAUUCCAAAGUCCACAAACAUGGAUGACCGAGCUUGCCCAAGGCGUCAAGACAAUGCGGAAUGGGCCACUCAACACAAAUCUACUCGCGCCAUUCUUUGAGAACCAUGACGAACAACGCUUCGCAUCUCUGGUAGGCGACAUAGCACUCACCAAGAACGCACUGGCAUUCACCCUUUUGUUCGACGGAAUUCCAAUCAUCUACCAAGACCAGGAGCAGCACUUCUCCGGGCAGAACGAUCCCUUCAACCGCGAGAGGUUGUGGACCUCGGGCUACAACGAGGACGCCGAGCUGUACCGUUGGAUCGCCCAGCUCAACGCCGUCCGGGCACUCGCCAUCGACACGGACUCUUCUCUUGUCUCGUCCCAGGCAGACACCAUCUGGCCUCCACAACCACCAGCCGCGGGCAACACCACGAGCGGCGGCAACAGCACCAGCAACAGCACUACACCGUCAACCACGACGGCAUUGACGAACCACCACAUCGCCAUCAAGAAAGGCUCCCUCAUCACCGUCCUGACCAACGUGGGCGUCGGCGGUGACAAGCUGGACGUCGUGCUCCCGCGCAACGCCACCAAGUACAAGCCGGGAAUGUCUUACGUCGACUUGCUGAGCUGCGAGGCCUUCAAGGCCGACCGCAACGGGGCGCUGACGUUCGAAAUGGGGUGGCUGCCUCGAGUGUUCUAUCCUGCCCUGGACGCUCUGAGCUCGGGUCUGUGCUUGUUUCCGCAGGGUCCUGCUACUGAUGACAGCGAGAAAUGUCUUGUCACCUUCAACAUCACCACGACGACUGCGUUCGGACAGAACGUGCAGAUCCUUGGUGACAUUCCUCAACUCGGCUCCAAAGACCGACACCAAGCCGUCACCCUAGGGUCCUAUCUCUACACCAGCGACAUCCCCCUCUGGUCUCUGACCUUCGAACUGCCCGCCGAAGAGCAGUUCUUAUACCAGUACCUGAAGAUGGACGGCUCCGGAACACCGUUGUGGGAUGGUGGCAACAGAAGCGCAGCGCUCCAUUCUUACACCGUCCCCGAGGACUGUGUGGACGGAAAGCCUGUGCUGAUCGUGGACAAGUGGACUGGAUCUGGUAGCAACACAACCUCUUCUACUGCUGCUGGGUCGGUGCUGUCGCGUGGGUCGAAGAAGAGGCUCCAUUAG